AAACAAAUAAAAGUUAAGUGAGUUUUUAAUUAUCGACCGCUGCAUAUCGCGAAUGUCAUGCACCUGAAUUAAAUAUUAAAUUAAAAUAAAUAAAGCAAUUAAUAUAUUAGUUAAAUUAAACCUAUCAUAAUUUUAAUAAUGGAACUAUUAUGUAAAUAUUUAAGCAAAGUAAAUUUAAUUGGCAAGAGAAGUAGUGCACCAUUCUUGCAGAAAUUUCUCAGUGCUAGGCUGCCACAUGAAACAUGUUCAUUUUAUUCAAAGAAGGUAUCAUUAACAGAAUUCAAGCCAGUUGAAAAGAUCCGUAACAUUGGAAUAUCAGCACAUAUUGAUUCAGGUAAAACAACAUUAACCGAACGAAUACUUUUCUACAGUGGUCGAGUUGAUGAGAUGCACGAAGUGAAAGGGAAAGAUGGAGUUGGAGCUACAAUGGAUUUUAUGGAAUUGGAGAGGCAGAGAGGCAUUACCAUUCAGUCUGCUGCCACGUACACAGAGUGGAAAAAUUAUAACAUCAAUAUUAUUGAUACACCAGGCCACGUUGAUUUCACGGUAGAGGUAGAAAGAGCAUUGAGGGUGCUUGAUGGUGCUGUUCUCGUUCUCUGUGCUGUCGGUGGAGUUCAAAGUCAGACAUUUACUGUUAACAGACAGAUGGCUAGGUACAAUGUUCCUUGUUUGGCUUUCAUCAAUAAACUUGACAGAACCAACUCCAAUCCAAAAAGAGUUCUUGCACAGUUGAGAUCAAAAUUGAAUCACAACGCGGCCUUCCUUCAGCUGCCCAUUGGACUGGAAUCUCAGCAAAAAGGUCUAGUUGACCUUCUGCACAUGAAAGCCAUCUACUUUGAAGAACCACAAGGGCUAAAAUUAGUAGAAGAAGCCAUUCCAGGUGAGAUGCUGAAAGAAGCGGAGGAAAGAAGACAAGAGUUGAUUGAAUGUGUUUCUAAUGCUGAUGAAAUUCUUGGGGAGAUGUUUUUAGAAGAAAAGAAACCAAGCAUUGAUGAUAUUAAAGCAGCAAUCAGGCGGACCUGCAUGAAAAGAACAUUCACUCCAGUUCUUAUGGGAACAGCCUUGAAGAACAAGGGAGUUCAAACUCUGUUGGAUGCUGUUGUGGACUAUCUGCCAAAUCCUGCCGAAGUUGACAACUUUGCCCUCAAUGAAACUGGUUCGGAAGAGGUGAAAGUACUUUUAAAUCCAGCAAGGGACAGCAGCAAUCCCUUCAUUGCACUUGCAUUCAAAUUAGAGGCAGGCAAGUUUGGACAGUUGACGUACAUGCGCGUGUAUCAGGGCUGUUUGAAGAAGGGAGACAUCAUCUACAACACCAGGACCCAGAAGAAGAUCAGAAUUCCCAGGGUGGUCAGAAUGCAUGCGGAUCAAAUGGAGGACGUACAGGAAGUCUAUGCCGGAGACAUCUGCGCUCUUUUUGGCAUUGAUUGCGCCAGUGGAGACACAUUUGUUUCAAGAGGUAACCUCAACCUGUCUAUGGAGACUAUAUUCGUUCCUGAGCCGGUCAUCUCAAUGUCAAUUAAACCAGCCGACAAAUCAGGACAGGACAAUUUUUCAAAGGGGAUCAAUCGAUUCACCAGAGAAGACCCAACAUUUCGAGUUUACUUUGAUAAUGAAAGCAAGGAAACUAUUGUGUCCGGUAUGGGAGAGUUGCAUCUAGAAAUCUAUUCCCAAAGACUCGAACGAGAGUAUAAUACCAAGUGCGUGUUGGGCAAACCAAAAGUGGCUUUCAGAGAGUCCCUAACAAAACAAAUCGAAUUUGAUUAUACUCACAAGAGACAGUCUGGAGGUCAAGGUCAAUUCGGAAAGGUCAUUGGUUUUAUUGAGCCUCUCCCUCCAGAUCAGUUCACUUCGUUGGAAUUUGUUGACAAGACCACUGGAACCAACAUACCGAAACACUUCAUACCUGCAAUUGAGAAGGGUUUUCGACAAACGUGUGAAAAGGGGGCGCUGACAGGUCACAAAAUAUCCGGUCUCAAAUUUGUUCUCUUGGAUGGUGCCAGCCACGCUGUUGAUUCAUGUGAAUUUUCUUUUCAACUGGCUGCUGAAGGAGCUAUUAAGCAAGCCAUUGAAUACGGGGAAUGGAACAUAUUGGAGCCCGUGAUGAAUGUGGAAGUUACUGCACCGUCAGAAUUCCAAGGAUCUGUUAUGUCAGGUCUAACCAAGAGACAUGCUGUCAUCAUCGGUCAGGAUCAAGCUGAUGGAUAUUUCUCUGUGUUUGCUGAGGUUUUUAUUAAUUUUCAUUUUGGAUGGUUCACUCAAAUGCCACUAUAA